AUGCCCAAGGUCGUAUCGCGUUCUGCUGUAUCUUCGUCUGCCGAUGCUCAGCCCACCGCUUCGGCAACGGCAGCGCUCAAAGUGUACUAUUGUAUAUGCGGUGAAUUUAUCCUGGUGAUUGACAAGGCACUCUCUACUCUCCCAAGACGUCAGACAGACAAUGCACACAUCGUUCAAUGUCAAGACAAUGAGUUUGGCAAGGCUAAGGUGUUCAAGCUCAAUGCUCAAAACGCGGUCCCAGAACUCAUAGAAAGACAAGGAGGACACGAACGACAAUGGAGGUUCUGUUGUCCCCGGUGCAAUUUACUGGUUGCUUACCAGUCUACACCCCCGCCCAUCAAGUCAGGCUCCUACUUGUAUAUUCCAAAGGGUGCUCUCAGCCAGGUACAAGGUCAAAUCUCAAGGGAAGCUUUUGAAAGCGAUGAUAUUGACAUGGAGUAGGUAGUUUACAAAUGGUAUGAUCGAUCAGUGACCCGACUUGUGAGCUCGAGGGUCAUCGAUAUCAUCAUCAGUCGAUCAAGACCUGUAUUGGAUCAUAGGCGACCUGGUAAAACAUUAAUGAGACAUUGCCGUAUGAAACAGUGCGAAUCAUGGCGAAAAAGAGCGGCUCAGCUACCGUUGUAGAAAAAACUCAUAACGCAAUCACGAAAAUGAAUGCGUUCAUACAGUGUGAAUAGAGAUGUCAUCAAC